ACUCGGGUAUAUAUACUGGAGGCCGGCUGUUACACUAUUCCACACAUCUGUUUGAGUACACCAGUGAAUCUGUACUAGUGAAACAAUGUCUUCACAACGUUAUGCCCGCGCUUUGCUCUCCGGGGCAGCUGCUCUGAGGAACACUGCAGUAUACCAGGGACAGCGAAACACCCACCGUUGUGCUCAUAGCCGCAGUCUGACCCUCGCCACAGCUGCUCGUCAACAGCUGGCCAGUGCUGAAGCUCCUCGCCCUGGCAGUGGGGUCAUUUCUGCUUCAACUGGGAGUGACGCCCUUCAGAUCACCUUCUGUGACGGUAGGAGGAGCGAGAUUCCUUACUCCUGGCUGAGGGACAACUGCCAGUGUCACAAGUGCUCUUCCUGCACUAGUCUGACCCAGCCCGUCAACACAGAAUUCGAGUUGGGUGCCCAUCCCGAGAUCAUUCAGAGUAAUGUGUUCGGUGUUGUCGUGGACUGGAGUGACGGCCAUAUUAGCAAGUACCCUGGAGAAUGGCUUCACCAGGUGGCACACACUGUCUACGGCCGCUGAAUGACUCCUCGUAGACCCAGCAGCGGUGCCUCGGUAGUCACCAGCACCGCCACCCACUGCUGAUCACGGCUCGGAGUUCUCUGGCCACGACUGGAAGGUCAUUUUAUACAGAUCAGGAACCAUCUGUUGCCUGAUGUCCCCAACUUUGAGAUGUGUUGGAUUCUGUCCAGCAAUUCAGCUGCAGCAGACCGACCUAUGCUGUGCUGUUGAUGAAGACAAAAUCGCUUCAAUACACCAUGUUAUAUAUCUUGUAUGAUUGCCGUGUGAUUUCUUUUCGGAGGAUGAAUUUAUGUUUUUAGUUUUGUGCCUUGGCUGUAAUGUUUUUGUAAGUGGUACCAAAAUGUAUGUAAUUUUAUAUUAAGGAGGCGAUGCAGAGGAGUGGUGGGUUAGCAAAAUAAACAUCACUUCUGUAUUGCCGGGGUAACACAGGGUAUGGUUUAGUAUCCUUGAUAUUUUUGUUAGCACUGCUGGGGUACCAUUAGUUUUGAGGUACAGUGAAGUACUUCUGGGGAGUAACAUAAUAGAUUUCAAUUCUAUACUCAUCCUAGAGUUAUCAUUUAGUAAUAAUAAAAAAAAAUGUCGAAGUAUUGCAGGGAACACUUUAGGAUCCCUUGAUAUUUUGCCACCCUGUAUAGAUGGGAUGCCACAGGAAGUAUUUGGGGACCAUUGGUGUUUUGCCAUAGUCACCCUUUAGGGCCAGGGCAUCGUAGGAUAAAUUUCGAAGACCAGAACUCUGCCACAGUGAUCCCAAGGCAUCAAGGUCUUGGUGAAGCGUGGCCGGCAAGACCAUACAAGAGCACAGGUUGAUGGGUCCGCCCACCUUAUUUAUGGCAGGCCGAGAGACUAAAUGUCCUGAACAGACAUAUUUAACGAAUUAUUUAUUUCUGUAUAUAUGUAUUUACAUUUUGUUUAUUAAUAAAAGCUAAAAACUUA